AACAACAUUCUGUACAGUGAAUAUUUACCAUCCCGCUUUAAACAAAAUGUCUACCCCAGGGAAUAUGUUCCUGAUUAUCAACUGGACGACUAUUACUCUGAUGUAGAAUCGCAACGUGGCAGAAAACGGCCACAUCAAAGUUUUGAUUACUAUGGUGAAGCGAUGAAUAGACUUCCAUACAUGGGCACUGCAGAUGAUAUGGCAUCGCCUGACAUUCAAAUGAAAAAUCGGAAUAGGAAUAAGGUGUUUGACAGUCUGAGCCGACAUUAUGGUGAAACAAGUCGAGACACCGUAGCUGACAAUAGGUUUAAUGGAAUUCAACCAGAAACCCAGGGUCGUAAUUUUCAUGAUCCUCGUAAAAAGUUUGGGGAAUCUGAGUUUGGACUAGCUCAUGGUACAAGAACCAUGCCCGCCCCAGUGAAGAAGGUCAAGGUCGGGGGUAGUCUUCAACACUACGUAAACUUCCAGUCAGAUUUCAUGUCCGACAAAGCCAUGAGUAGUUCUUCUGUGAGUGGCCUUGACUAUCCAAUUGGACAGGUGGGAGGGGUUGCCACCGACAACAAAGGAGGAGUCUACGUGUUUCACCGUGGCAACCGAGUCUGGGAUGGCAGGUAUAUACAAAGUUUUGUGUACUUUUUGACCUAAUUGCCGUAAGC